UACUUACGGCCGCCGCGAGCUCUUACACUUCUUACACUCUCUUGCCUGUUUUGAUUUCUUUCGCUACGACAGUUUCGUGUAUCAAUUUCAGUUCUUUCUUUUGUUCUAGACAAUAGCCAUGGGGUUACCAGAUUCAUCACAAGUCUUGUCGACAGAGAUGGAAGUUGAUGCUUUCAGACGAAUCUUUCCUCUUCGUUUCUUUGAGCGUCAUCUCUCUGAAUCUCUCCGACCUGAUGCUAGACCACUUGGAAAAGCCAGAGACACCAUUGUUAACCUUGGACUUGUUUCAACCGCUGAUGGAUCUGCUCUUGCCAAGAUUGGUUCCACUACUAUGCUUGCUGCUAUUAGAAUGGAAGUUAUGACUCCUUCUGCAGACUCACCAGAUGAAGGAAGCAUAGCUCUUGAGUUCCACAUGCCUCCUAUAUGUUCUCCAACUGUUCGUCCUGGAAGACCAGCUGACGCUGCUCCCGUGAUUUCAAAGCGUUUGUCUGAUACUAUUCUAAGUUCUGGAAUGAUUGAUCUUAAAGAACUGUGCCUUGUUAGUGGAAAAGCUGCUUGGAUGGGUUAUCUGGACAUAUAUUGCCUGGAUGCUGAUGGUGCUCUUUUCGAUGCUGCUCUGCUUGCUGCUGUUGCAGCCUUUUCAAAUUUGCAAAUUCCAGUUGUUGCUCUGAAUGACAAUGGAAGAAUAGUUGCCAUCACUGGAGGAAAAGAUCAAGACAAUGCUUCAAUCAUCGAGAAAAAAGCAGUGAACAAGGAGAAGAGAAAACUUACGCUUAACAACAUCCCUUUCUCUUUAACUUGCAUACUCCACAAGAACUAUAUCUUAGCAGAUCCAACAACUGAAGAAGAAACGAUCAUGGACACUCUUGUGACUGUUGUUUUAGAUUCCUCGGAUCAUAUGGUUUCUUUCUACAAAUCAGGAGGAACCGUUCUCGCUUCUUCAUCAGCCAUCAAGAGCUGUGUCGAGUUAGCAAGGACGAGGGCAAAGGAGCUUAAGCAGAUUUUGGGGGAGAUGGAUAUUGACUAAUCAAUCAGAAGGAAUACUUGUGAGUUGUGAAUCAUUCCAUAACAUUGUUGAAAUUUUGUGUUACAUAUUUUAAGCAAUUAGUGCCAAAGGAAGAAGCUCUUCACCAUUUUUGUUUCAUUGUAAUACUGUUCGUUGAUCAUAUAACGACUUUUAAUUUA